AUGUAUGAAGUUGUGGAGACAAUGAGGGAUGGAAACUCAAAGAAAAGCAAGCUUUCAUGGCCUAAGACAAUAGUGAAGAAAUGGUUUAAAAUCCAGAGCAAAGAUGGGGAUUUUUGCACUGAUGGCAACAUUUAUGAAGGUUCUGAUGAAGAAUGCAAUAACAUUAAUCAUGCACAAAGAGAGGCAUGCAAUAACAUCAAGAAAAGCAAAAAAGAGAAGAUAAGACAUCGAAUUCGUGAUCAUGAGACACAAAAUAAUCCUAAACUCGAUUCAUCUCAAACUACAGAGGUUCAAAAUUACAGGAUUUUCGUGGCAACAUGGAAUGUCGGCGGGAAAUCCCCUCCGAGCCAUUUGAAACUCGAGGAGUGGCUUCACACUUCACCUCCAGCUGAUAUUUAUGUCCUUGGAUUUCAAGAAAUUGUCCCGUUAAACGCGGGGAAUGUCCUCUGCGCAGAAGAUAACGGCCCUGCAAGAAAAUGGCAAGCCCUUGUCAGAAAAACACUCAACACUACUUUCUCGGAAAACGAGUUCACGAGCUGCCAUUCUUCGCGCUCAAUGAGCCGAAUGAAGGAUAGCAGAGGAAUUAUUAUUACAGCUUCCUCUGAUGGAACGAUUUUUGGGUUGGGUGAUGAUUAUUAUUAUAAUAAAUGUUAUUCCUCUGAUGAAGAAGAAGAAGAAGAAGAAGUUAAUUUUGUCGGGAGUGAUUGUAAUUCGCCGCCACCUGUCUCCUUCGGCCAUUCUUUCUCGAGAUACUGUUUAGUGACGAGCAAGCAAAUGGUAGGGCUGUUUUUGAUGGUGUGGAUAAGGAGUGAUUUGAGGGAAAAUGUUGGCGAUCUGAGCGUGUCUUGUGUCGGUAGAGGCUUAAUGGGUUAUCUUGGUAAUAAGGGUGCAAUAUCGAUAAGCAUGUGUUUACAGAAGACGAGCUUUUGCUUCGUUUGUAGUCAUUUGACGUCGGGGGAGAAAGAAGGUGACGAGCUGAGAAGAAACUCGGAUGUGAUGGAGAUUCUGAAGAAAACGAGGUUCCCACAAGUUCACGAUAGGUUGAGAAUUGAGCAAAGGCACGGUCGAGUUUUUGCCGGUUGGAGUGAAGGAAGGAUAUAUUUUCCUCCCACAUACAAAUAUUCGAACAAUUCAGACAGAUAUGCCGGCGAGAAUAUGCAUCCUAGAGAAAAACGAAGAACUCCCGCAUGGUGUGAUCGUAUAUUGUGGCACGGUUAUGGUCUUCGACAACUAUCAUAUGUUCGAGGUGAGUCGAGGUUUUCGGAUCAUAGACCGGUUUACGGUUUAUUCUUAGCAGAAGUCGAGUCGACUGGUUUGAAGUCGAAUUACUCGAGCUCUCGGGAUGAAGUUGAAGAGCUGCUGCCAUCAUACUCAUAUGGAUAUGGCCAUUUAAAUUUCAUGUGA